UGGGGAAUCCUUGAUGAGUUAGAGACAGGAUCAGUUAUAAGAGGAGGGGGCUUUGUGAAUAAACCAUGAGGUGGCAGCCACAUAAAUCAGCAGGUGACAGACUAUACAGCGAGAAACACACAAGAACAAGCAUGUGAAAAGGCAGGUAGGUGCCUUAACUAGACACUGCCUUUAUCUCUUUCUGUAUUCUGAAGCAGCUACUGAUGUAUUCAUGUAACAGGGAGGCGGAGAUCGACACAAGUUUUCCGCCGCGUUUUAACAAGUGUGAGGAUAGGGAGAAGGCACAGUUUUAUCACAUCAAAGGGGUGAGAAUGAAUGUUGCAGACUUCCCCUGAGGUUAGGGAUCACACUCGGUUAGGUGCUGCCACCGCAUGGUGAAACGAUGCUAUACCGUGAAAUACAGGAGAAUGAUUUGUGUUUGUGUUUGUAACGUUUCCCCCGAGCACAGUUGCUGACCUCUGCCCCGCUGAUCCACAAUGUUUGCCCAGCUGCACACGCUGACCCUCUGCUUGACCUUCACACUGGGUGGCUGUAUGUAUUCUGGCAACCACUGGGGAGAAUGGAACGACUCUCAGCUUCAGCCGACAAUUCAGAAGCUGAUGAAAGGAUACAACCGCUAUCUAAGACCCAAUUUCAAUGAGGGUCCUGUGGAAAUUGGAAUGAGUCUUGACAUCGCCAGCAUCGAUGCCAUCUCUGAGAUCAAUAUGGACUACACUGCCACCAUCUUCCUGCGUCAGCGCUGGCGUGACUCCAGGCUGGUGUUCCCGGGUAACGAGAGCGUCAGCGUGGACGGGCGCCUCGUGUCACUGCUGUGGAUCCCUGACACCUUCAUCCCAGACUCAAAACGUUCCUUCCUUCAUGACGUCACGGUGGAAAACCGCCUCAUACGUAUCUUUAGCAAUGGAACUGUUCUCUAUGCCCUACGCAUCACAGCUACGAUCGCCUGCAACAUGGACCUGACCAAGUACCCCAUGGACAGACAGGUGUGCACCCUGCAGCUGGAGAGCUGGGGCUACAACCUGCAGGAUGUGGUGUUCUACUGGACCAGAGGGAACGAUUCAGUGAGGGGUCUCGACAUACUGCGGCUGGCUCAGUACAGCGUAGAGAGCUACUACACAUCAGUGUCAAUGGCCGUGUAUGAGACAGGACAGUACCCCAAGCUGGUGUUGCAUUUCGCGCUGCGUAGAAACGUGCUGUUCUUCAUCCUGGAGACGUACGUUCCGUCCAUUCUGCUGGUGGUCCUCUCCUGGGUCUCUUUCUGGAUCAGCCAGUCCUCCGUCCCAGCCAGGACCUGUAUUGGAGUGACAACAGUCCUGACAAUGACCACGCUGAUGAUGGGCGCCCGCACUUCCCUCCCCAACGCCAACUGCUUCAUCAAGGCCAUAGAUGUUUACCUGGGAAUCUGCUUCACCUUCAUCUUUGGUGCGCUGGUGGAGUACGCCUGUGCCCACUUCUACACCAUGCAGAACCAGACCAUAGAGGAUUUACACAGGGAGCUUCUGAGGGAGUUCAGUGAAUGCAACGGGAACAGCGCCAUCCCCAUCGUCAGGUCCACCCAACCGAACCAGUCUGUGGAGGUCGACUCCAUUGUGGAGGAGCCCAAGGAGCUGUCAGCGAACAGUGACACUAGAAACAAUACGGGCUCAAAAGAGAAGGUGUCAGGAGAACAAGGCUGCAGCCUGUCCUCGAUGAAGGAUGCAUACCGCCGGGCAACAUCCGUCUUCAUUGUGGAAAACCCGCACAACAUUGAUCGGCACGCUCGCACCGUUUUCCCCACGGCAUUCCUGUUUGUCAAUAUCCUCUACUGGCUUUACUAUCUCUUCGUCUGAGUGCUGCUUUCAAGCUGCUGCAUCGUUAAUUUCACCAUCCUUGAAGCUGCUCUACCUCCUCAUUUGAGACCCAAUAUACCAGUUGCCACUGCCUGGAUCUAAACUGAUUAUACAACCUUUUUGUCUGACAGAUAGGGCUACAAAGUGAUGAAAAGCAGUCUAGUUAGGAGCCAGAAAUUCUUCUUUGCAUCACACUAUUAUUGAUCAUGUACGAAUGGAUGGCUACAAACAUAUUAAUAUGUACAAGUGACAAUACAAAGUCUGUAUCUGUCUAUUUACUGGUAAUUCCAUAGAACAAAUGAGGAUGAGUUAUAAACAAUAGGCUGCCUGAACUGCAUCACUGCGAUGCAUUGAAUUGCCUUCAUUAAGUGACUGAUGUAGAUGUGUCUUUUUUUUCUUGUUUUGACUUUCAUACAUUGUUUGUAUGAGACCAUAUACUGUAUAUUUACUUCACAUG